AUACACAAUAUCGCCAGCGUCUGUAGUUCUGGUGUGAAGUUAUUGGGAUUUUUAGUGCCCAGGAUUGAGCUUUCCAUGCUUUGGACCCCUCAAACAUGACGAAAUGUCUUGAAUUCAUCUUGCUGCUCAUCAUCUCAACCCUUCAAGGCUCACUGCAGCAGAGAAUCAUUGGAGGACAGGAGGUUAAGCCAUAUUCUAUCCCAUACCAGGCCUCUGUUCAGUACAACAACUAUCAUUACUGCGGCGGUACCCUCAUACACCCACAGUGGGUGGUUACCGCUGCCCACUGUUGGAGGCCGAGUUACUUAAUCCGAGUGGUUCUGAGCGAGCAUGACUUCUCUAAAAAAGAGGGCUAUGAGCAGGUGUUCAACGUGUCGAAAGUGCUGGUCAAUUACUUGUACAAUUACAGGACAUUUGACAAUGACAUCAUGCUCUUAAAAUUGGAGCGUCCAGCAGAGCUCAAUGCAUACGUUCAGCCAGCUACAUUGCCAGUCUUGGGGAGUCCUCCAUUACUACCGGCAACAACGUGCACAGUGAGCGGCUGGGGCGUCACUCAGGUGUACAGUUAUUACCUGUCUCCCGUACUCCGCGCUGUGGACGUCUUCAUCAUCCCUCAGUGUCAAUACUACUACUACUACAGAAUCACAGACAACAUGGUGUGCGCUGGAUCUCCACUGGGAGGAAAAGACUCCUGUCAGGGUGACUCUGGUGGACCUCUCAUCUGUAAUGGUUUGUUUGAGGGCAUCGUGUCCUGGGGCAUCAGUUGUGCCAACCGGUACUUCCCCGGAGUCUACACUAAAGUCCGCAACAACGUCGCCUGGAUCAACUGGAUAAUUGACAACGACAACUCCUAAAAUGCUCUUUUUUAAAGAAUGUU